UGAACCCCCACAGCUUGUGAUAUUUCCCAAUUUCAUUAUAAAAAAAUGGGCCAUAAAGACUACUGCUGUGUCCCUGGGUGUGGGAACCGACGUGAGGACAAAUCUGGACUUUCGUUCUAUUCAAUUCCCCUAAAGUCCCAUGAACGUUAUCAGGCCUGGUUGGACGCAAUCGGCCGGGGAUCGGACUGGUUACCCACCCCACACACAAGAAUCUGCAGUGCCCAUUUUGUGGGAGGAAAAAAAAGCAAUAUUCCACACAGUGCUUCGUAUACCCCGACACUUUCUCUGAACCUUGUGCAAGAGGGGGAUAAUGUUACCCCCAAAAGACGAAAGAGGCGCUCUGAUAAUGACUUCAAAACAGAAAUGGGGAGGCUUAGUUCUAAAAGUGAUGAAUAUUUCCGAAUGCCUCCAACAGAGGUCCUGACUUCUCCUCUUGAAGGCCUGCUUGACCUCCCACAGCAGGUAAGCCCAGUGAAAGCUAAAGUGAGGAAAGGCCUGCCGUUUGGUACGUCACCAAACUCGUUAUUACACCGUACAGAUGUGAAUAUUGCCAAUUCGUUGAUAUCAAAGACGGAUGAUGAUGGAGGCCUCCAAAUGUCCUCAGUUGUGGAGACAAGCAAUGCUAGCCUAGUGCCCGUCACUAUCAAAAUUGAGCAAGGUAUGGGAGUAUCAAGUGCAGCUGCUGUCAAGAACAGUGCCACCUCUACAACUGGUUUGUCAGCUGGUGGAAUAGCCCAUACCAAUACAUGCAAUAAAACCUCAUCGUCUUCGAAGACGGGAACAGUCUACUCAGUUGGUUCCCAUGUCCAGUUAAAUGUGCCAAAUCCUGCUACAGCAUUUUCGAUAUCUAGAGCAUCAAAGGUCACCAGUCCAGAAAAGUCGGGUACAACAUCUAUCCAGAUUCAGCAGCCGACAGACGUAAGAGGAAAUGUGGCAACUACUAUCCUUACUCCAGGAGGAUACAGGACAGUGGCACAACUUCUGCAUGAGAAGCGAGUUGUGACUAACCCAGAGCAAAGUAUUUGUAAAAUUGAGAGCGUAGCUGGUGGGGUUCUUCCAAUUGAGAGCGUUGAGAAACUGAUUGCCGCUCAGCAAGCUGCCCAGCAACGCGAGCCAAUCUCUACUACGUGGAAAGACGUGAGUCACAUGGAUCGAAUAUUUAAAGACCUUGAGAGAUUCUGGAAGCAGAAGAUGUACACAGAUGUAAUGAUAAAAGUUGAGGAGGAGACAAUUGAGGCACAUAAACUGGUUGUUGCUGCUUGUAGUCCAUACUUCACUUCUCUCUUGGCUUCCCUUCCUGAUGCUGUUAUCACUAUUCACCUGCCCGUGAAGAAGAAUGCCAUGAAAUGUAUCCUGACCUACAUGUACAGCGGCCUGUUGAAACUUGAGGACACCACAGUUCACGAUGUAGCGCAAACGGCCAAACUCCUGAAGAUGACCAAGGUUCGUAUGCUGUGUGAGAAAUUCAUCGAGCAGCAUAACCUGAACAAGCGCGUGCCUUGCAGUUACAGUGUGUCUGUUCAGAAAAUGAUGGAGGAUGGAGCAGCAGCAACAACAACAACAACAACAGCAUCCUCUGGUAUGCAUGUACUUAAUCGUGUCGCAGCCCGUAAAGUUGGGGACAAUAAGGGUGAAAAGUUAAACACUAAGUCACGUAAUCUUGAUAAUAAAAGUAUGGUUCAGGAUGAGUUGGAUGGAGAAGAUUCUCAGGGAGAGUGCAUGGAUGAUAAUUUGGUAAUUGAUGAGGAUGCUGAUGAUAAUGAUGGUGAUGGUGACGGUUGUGGUGAGGCCAUGGAUGAGGGGUCAUCCGAUGAAGUCAAACCGGAACUAAAAUCGGAAGAAACUGGUGACGACAGUGUUACCGGUACUCAGGACUAUGAAAAUUUGGAUUCGAUUCUUGAUCAGAUUCAGGCCGAUGAGGUUAAAACUGACGGUGCCGAUGUAGGGGACUUUAUCAGUAAACUGCUGAACGUCCAUGAUGAGAUUAAUCCACAGCCGGGUUACCCAGAUGCAUCAGAUGAUGAUGAGGAUGAGAAGCCUCUUGCUUUCCUGAAAAGAAAGAAUAGUUUGGAGAAGAAGCAACAGGGUCCUUUCUCGCACCUCUGUUCCAUUUGCGGUUGGCGAUUUCCAUCUGAGUUAACUUGUGCGAAGCAUAUAGAAACGCGACAUACGGGAGAGAUGAAUGGCAGUAAGGCCGCCGAUUUUAUUCAGCAUGGCCGGUACGACGCAGUGCGUGGUGAAAAUCGUAUUUACAGUAUGAAAGAGACUAAUGAAGAAUCGGACUUGAAUGAUUCGAUGCUUCUGAAAAAAGAAACCGAUUCUCAAGAUGCAGCAAGUCAGGAAAUGGGCCCCCUUGAUGGUAUAGCAACCACAAUAUCGUCUCAUGGUGGCAAGCCGAAGUUAGCGUAUGUCUGCUGUUAUUGUGCAUCCAGGUACCCAAAUAUAGAGUUGUGUCGCCAACAUACUCUGAGUUGCGAAAACAAAUUCAAAAUGCUGGGUCUGCCAAAAAAUGUCAGGGAAGAGAAGGAUCAAACUCCAAAAAAAGUUCAAGUAAACCCGUUGAUGCAUGGAUGCUCUGAGUGUGAUUUCACCACUGCGAACAAGCGUUACAUGCCGUUCCAUAUGUACUACAAACACGACCGACCUCUCCCAGAUGAGUUGAGUAAGAUCAACUGUGGGAUCUGCGACCGGAAAUUCCCUUCGAAGCAAGCCCUGCGCGAGCACAUCAGCGUUCACGAAGAGGGUGGUCACAAUUGUAAAUUCUGCAACAAAAGCUUCAAGUAUUCCUCAUCUCUUCGCGGCCAUAUACAACACAAGCAUUUAAAAGAGAAAGUCUUCGCCUGCCCAAAAUGUCCGCACCGUAGCAAAACGGCAACUCAGCACAAAGUUCAUUUGUCGAUGCAUGAGCGUCAGAAGGUGUUUCCAUGCCUCCAUUGUUCUUACCAGGCGGUCACUCGUAAAAAUCUUGAUAUUCACAUCUCCCAGAAGCACCCUGGUCCACCUGCUGCUGAAACUGGUAUGACAGUCGAGGAGGCAAAAUAGCCCUGUAUGCAUUCAAAUACAAUUUAUCUAAAAAAAAGUUUCGAGUACAUUGUAGUAGGUUAAGGUAAACUGAGUGAAAGCUGGCUGAGCUACAUGUAGCCCUGUCGUUGUUCACAUACUUGAGAACUCGAGCACCGGAAAUAGAACUCGAGGGGAAGGGCUGGCUUUUUCCAAUUGACCUCAUGCCGAACCAAGUGUAAUGGGUGAUGACAUGAAGUUACCACUUUGUUCUCUAAACUUACCAUUAGUGGUAAAUUUUAACAGAUGCCAUUAACUGCCCCCUUUAAAAGCUACACUUUAGGUAGAAUAUGUAGACCAAAUUUUAAUAUACACAUUAUGUCUAGAUUUCUAUGUUGCCAUGUAAUUUCAUUCAAAUUUUUUCUUAUAGUCUUUGAAUCUUUGUAGGAUUUUAGGGUGUUGCGACUGUAGCCAUUGUUCGGAGACACUUGACUUUGAUUGUAAUGAUUUCCGUUGGCCAAGUCCCAUUCGUAGCUGAUACUGGUAUACAUGGUGUAAUUUGUUGAGGGAAUUGAAAACAAAGAAUUUAGUUACCAUAGGCAGAGUAUGGUUAAGCAACCCUGAUUUGUGCCAUUGUGCAAGGUCUAAAGUGCCCUUAAAUGGAGAUUUUUGUUGCAGGAACCUGCAAUAAUUGUCACUGUGAUAAGUAAAAAAAGAUAGUUUAUCUUCGGAAAAAACAUUUGCUCCUUGUGUGAUCUUUAUCGCAAGUUGGCCGCAUCUUGUUGACAGCACCUGCAGAUGAGAGAUUUUUUCACAUGGUGAUAAUUAUGGCAUGUCUCUGUGACAAAAUACCCUUGUUUGCGGGGUGCUUUAAUGCACUUCAAUUAAUGCCAUUCUGUGCUCUGUAAAACUAUGCCGAUUAUGAUUUGGCGCUGUUAAAUUCUUGUUACAAUUACAUUUAAGCUAAGAAAUGUAUUUAAAAUGUAUUUAUUUAUGAGCAAGUGGCAAUAUAUUUCAUAUUGUAUUAUUGUGCUAAGGGCAUUUUUGACCAGAAUUUGAUCUUGAAAUGAUUAUUGUUUCCAUUGUCAAUAAGAAUACAAACAAAUCAAUUACUAUUGCCUUGGAAGUUUCCAUAUGAGUUCCAUUUUUUUCUGGUACAACUUCAGCCUUAAAGACACAUUUUGAAUUAUUUAAAUGAAAGGGAGUUCAUAUGUAAGUGUUAUUGAAUUAUUUGAAGGUUGUUAUAAUUGAAACCUUGAUCAUGGUUAUUGAGAUUUUUUUGUUGAGGGGUCUAAUUGGCUUUCUCUUAUAUGCCUGUUCACCAGGAAAUGCAUCGUAUGGACAUGGUGUACAUCAGUGCAAUAUUAAAAACACAGGCAUGAAUCCAGGGGUGGUGCAACUGGGCACUCUCAAUUACAUGUGCAGAGCAUCCUUGCAGCCAGAGUUUUUGAUAGGCCCUCUCAAGCAGGUACAAUAGCACCUUUUUUCUGGCAUAUUUUUCAUUCCACCCCCAAUCGCUGGUAGUGGUAUACCUUUGUAUACACAACCCCAUACAUUUGUAUACUGAUUUUUAUGUAUCUUCAGCAGUGUAUGACCGAGUUUGGUGUUUGAGUAACCGCCAGCUGAAAAUCAGGUGCUUACUGAAAGAUUGGGUCUAUUUGUCAUAUGCGGGUCAAAACACCCCUGUGUGUCACACAUUUUCUGGUACAGGGAUGCUCCCACUUGUCAUCGAGAAUGACCCCCCCCCAAGGCCCUACACAUUACAAUUGUAUAGAUUUCAUAUACUGCUGAAAGCAAGACCAAAUUGUAUUUAGCAUGUUUCUUAUUGUUUGUUAUCAUCAUUUAGAGUUCCUCCUAUAUGUUUGAAUGAAAUCUGUAUUAUGUAUAUUGAUAAUUUAUCAUGUGCUGCAAUGCAUGUGUUAUGUAUAAACUGUAGAACCAGAUUCAGUAUGCAAAUGAAUAGGCUUUGGAUAUGAUAGUACGCUUGGCUCUGGACAGGAUGACCAGACUCCUAGAUUUUUCUAAAUUGUAUUCCAAUAGUCCAGUACAAUUUUAUCCUUGUGUAACCAUCUUUCAUGUGGGGUACCAAUGUAGUUAGCCCGAAUUUCCAAAUGCAAAAAUCUGGUUUAAAAAGACUUUUGAGAUUAUUUUAUUUGACUAUGGUGUUGUGGAAGAAAGUAAAAAUAACAGUGGUGAAUGGUGAAUGGUGAAUUCUUGGAACUCGCACCGGAGAAGGUUAAACAGUGUCACAUGUAGUUAGUCGUUGUCCUUGAACACAGUUGACGUUAGCUUUAACAUGCAAUAUGCUUAGCUUUAACUUCAUAUUAUUUUAUAUCGUUAUAUCCUAUCAGCAGUAAAUAGUGCUUUAUAAUUAUAAAGAACUUUAUGCAUAUUCCAUAGACUAUAAGAUUCAAGUUCUUGAAUGUUUUGUCAAAUUCAAUUUUUACCAAAUUCGAGAUAGUUUUUGAGCACUUCUGUAUUGUGCACUCUGUAUAGUAUAUGAUUAUGAAUAAGAUUCACUUGCCGUUUUUCCAGGUCAAACCUACCUCGACUAUGAGUAGCCGCCAAAUUAUUGUUAGAUAAACUGCUUUGCAUAUUCCUGUCUAUUACAUUGGGAGCAGUUUGUUGAUAAAUGUUUGUCUACCUCAUUGAUAGGAAUGUCCUUGUAUUCCUUGGACUUGGAGUCGGAAUUUUUCCGUCAGGAUUUUUUCUGCUGCUGGCCCAUUCGUCCACUUAAAACCUCGCCAACCUAGUCAUAUAGGCUAAGUAUGGAAAUAACAUUUUGAUGAUGAUAUUUGAGAUUCGGAAAGGUAUACCUAAUAAGCUGUGUCUUCUCUCACUGCAAAAUUACUUAUUUUUUCAUGGUUUUGUGAUCAGUAACGUUUAAGGUCCGAUGUGAUGAAAUAUUGGCAAUGGACAACCAUCUUCCAUCUGAAAUGUUCCAAGCUCAGAAGAACAUGGUAUUAUCUGCACCUCUUUGAUUCCUAUAGCUAUAUGGCUACAUUUUCUCAGGAGUUGCGUUGUCAUAUUGUGUAAUGAUUCAAGAUUCUGGUGUGAUGUAGAGAAGGAACAAUAAACUGUAUUCCUCCAUUCGAGUGCAGCACUGAUUGAAAACCUUGCCGUUGGUAGUUUAGAUUUCAUUUUCUCUCAUAUUUCUAUCAAAUAUCAAGCAAACAAGUUGUUUGCUGAAGACUGAUGAAUUUGUGUUUCAUUUUGUAGUCGUGCACUAUUUGGGCAUUGAAUUUUCUUUGAGGCUUUGUGCAAGUGUAUUUAUAUUUUAGUUCUAAGUGUAGGUGGUUGAUUCUUAAGACAUAUUUAUGAUGUUUAUUUUCCAUGUUCUCUCUUGGCCACGUAUUAUGUAAUAAGAUAGAAGAUGGCCCGCCAUAUUGUAUGAUUGCGUAAUUUCUUUGUCUCUAAAGACUCCUUCCAUUUGUCACAUAAACCAGUAUGGAACCUUGUUUUGUAAUGUUGACCAACAUCAGCAUGAUCUGUAAAGCUAUAAAGAUAAAAUCAAAUCCUCAUUU